ACUUCUUUCACGUUCCUCGCAUAGCCAUAAAAAAUCUAUUGUAUUGUCACAAUUGGAUUUACUUUCCUAUAUAUUAUUUCAAAUAGAAUUAAAUUUAUGUAUUAAAAGCGCUAUUGGACUUGCAGUUUGCCUGAAACAGGCAUUAAUCAUGACUACUUUCAUCAGAACUUGGAAACGGGUGACUCUGUUCCAAAAACAGGAACUACAUCAAAACCUUAGUAGAAAAAAUGUGUCUAUUUCAGCUUUUGGAAAUCAAAUUUUAGCCUGUAACACUUCUGGAAGGGUAUCCCUAUACAAUUCUUCGUUAGAGGUACAGCAAAUAAUUGAUCUCGAACAUGAAAUAGCUAUUCAGCAAAUACUUUGGAUCGAUAAUGAAAGAUUCCUAUUAUUUUACAACUUUGGUGAACAGGAUGGUCCAAGCUUUUUAGUCAUCUACGCUUUUUCCUGUUCUCAAGAGGAACCUUCAUCAGAAAAAGGGUUUUCACUUGUAUCUACCAACAAGUUUAUAGUUGAUGAACAACCCCAUCCUAUCGUGGCUGUUACUGAAUCAUUAUCAGAGAGAUAUUUGGCGUGUGGAUUUGGUGGACUCGUUCUAAUAUUAUAUGGAACUCCUUUUCGUGACAGAGGGCUCCGUAUUUCCAAUAGUUUUAAGCUAGCUGAGCCAAUUACCAGCUUAGUAUAUCAAAAAUUCGAGGUUUUGAUUCUUUAUGUUUCGACUACCAACAAAACUUAUUCUAUCAAAGGAAAGAAUAUAACUACCCUAGAUACACUCGGUACAUCCAUUAAUUGCUCGUCAAGCUAUAACGAAGAGAAUAUUUCCUCUCUUACGACUACUUCGCCUUCGUUUAUCUGCUCUCGCUCUGAUGGCCUUACAUUUUACUUUCCCAAACAGGACAAAGUUUGCUUUACAUUCCCCGGUGAAAAGCAUUUUUUGACAACACAAGGUCCAAUACUGGCUUUACAUUAUUCACCAAUGGUAACCGAUUCGUCGAUAGCGGUUUUGCCUAAUUCAAGAAAGGGCUUGUCGUCCUCAAACUCACUCUCAAGAAUAGAAAGAGGUCGUUUGGCAACACCACUUUCUAGAUUACUUUUAAUAGAUUUUCCAAGGAAAUUGAUUGUUUGGGAAGGCUUUUUAAGUGAUCCUUCUGCUGAAAUAUUAUCAUUAGAUGAAGGUUUCUUGAUAUUAAUGUCAGACAACUCUGUCUUGAAACUGAAACGAAUCGACCUUAAUGAGGAAAUCUCUCUGCUUAGUCAAAAAACAAUGUACGAUCUAGCCAUUUCCCUUACUCGACAGAAAAACUUGGAUUUAUCCUUUCUACAAAACUUAAUGAUAGAGUAUGCUCGCUUUUUAUUUCGUAAAGGAGAUUAUUCUUUAUCUAUGGAUUGGUAUAUCAAAGCAAUCACAUCGGUUAAUAUUCCAGUCGUUUGCUUAGACUUUCUUAAAGCAGAGCGUCUUGACCAACUUGUAAGAUUUAUAGAAGCUCUCAUGCAAAAUCAGAUGGCUAAUUCUGAUCAUAAAUUACUACUACUUUCAUGUUAUGUGGAAACAAAAAAUCUGAAGGGAAUAAAUAGACUGAUUGAUACUGGUGGGUUCGCGUUUGAUCAGGCAUUUGAUAUUUGCCAUCGGUCUGGUUUGCUUGAAGAAGCUAAACAUCUUGGUAUUCGAUUUAAUAACUAUGAGCGAGUUAUUGAUGUUCUUUUGGAAGAAAAGAAAUAUUCCGAAACUUUGGAUUAUAUGUACGAAGUCGUUCCAUCUAGGUUAUUUCCGUUAUUGCUGCGGUUUGGACGAGUUUUGCUAUCGAAUUUACCAACAGAAACGACUGAUCUUUUCAUAUCUUUUUAUUCUAAUAACCAUAAAUCUAAGCAAUACUUGCGGUCAAAAUCUCAAACAAAGUAUGAAAAGUCUUUGCGGCAAACUUAUCUUUCUCUUCUUCCUUAUGCUAAUGCUACCCCAUUUGGUAUAACUUCUACAGUUACUGAUCUGAAUACGGAAAAGACCGAAGAAAAAACAGAUCGUGAAGAAGAUCAAGCAGAUGAAACGUACGUCGCCCCAAAUCCUCAGACAUGUUUUCAUAUUUUUUUGAAUCAUAAUUCUGAAUUAAUACGGUUUUUGGAAGCCAUCUUAUCGUAUGUUUCUGGAGAAUAUAAAACACACAUUAAUACUUGUCUUUUUGAAGCCUAUAUAAGGGAAUCUCAUUCUUCAAACGACGAGGAAGCUCAAGGAUUCUGGAAAGAAAAAGCUAAUUUAUUACUAAAAAAUUCGGAAAAACAUUUAGAUCUAAAUGCUACAUUCCUAAUUUCUCAGAUUCUAGGAUUCGAUGACGGGGUUAGGUUUGUACAGGGGAAGUCUGGUCAAACAUUAGACAUCUUUCGAUCUUUUUGUAAACAAAACGAUGUUAGCAGUGCGAUGGAAAUGGUACGUGCUCACGGGGAAGAUCAAUCUGAACUAUAUAUUAUGAUGCUUAAUUAUUUUGCCUCAACAGACGAGCUAGAGUCUUGGUUGAAAGAACUAAAAGAGGUUGCAGAAUACAUCAUUAACCAUCGAUUGAUUUCACCCACCCAGCUUGCCGAGAUUUUAGGCAAAUCAGAUGUCGUCAGUUUAGGCAUGAUUGAGGAAGCCGUAGAAAGCGCCGUAAACAGGUUUGAGAGUCAAAUAUCUGAAAAAAGGAAAGGCAUUCAAAUAGGCAAAUCCGAAAUCUUGGAAUUAAGCAACGAGUUAUCUAAUUUACGGACGACUGCUUUUGUUGUUCAAGAGUCUAAAUGCUCUGCUUGUAAUACAGAUCUCGAGUUACCGAUGGUACAUUUUCGGUGCAGGCAUUCUUACCAUUUACGGUGUAUAGAAGACGAAUGUAUACGCUGUCAAUGGUUGUGAAGCUCCAGAAAACGAAAUACUUUUUAUGAACAUCUAAAAAUAUUUAUUCUUAUUUAUGAUCGUAAAUUGAUCGAUCCUAAAUUUUGUGAAAAUAAAGAUUGUUAAAUUCAUGGUAAGAUUUUUUCACUUUCAAUAAAUAUUAUAGCAAGACCAAGAAAGAACCAAAUAAUUUAUAGUUUAUUUGCGGAUUGUAAUAGUUAAAAGACAUGUAUAAAAGGAAUUACGAUGCAUAUCGAGACCCAAAACCAAAGAAAUAAAACGUUUCAUUGAUU